CUUUGUUGAAUUCUGGCGUUCCGCUGUGGUCGACAUUAUUCACUUAUUCGUGGCGCAAUUCGUGGGUUAGUUUCGUUUUUUGCGAGCCUUUUCAGCUGUAACGGGAAUUCAGAUUCACCUGUUGAAAGGCUUCAAUUUCAUUAUACAAUUCAUAGAUUGUUUGAAUUCACGGUGCUCUUCGGACAAAAUAUUGUAAAAAUUCAAUCGCUAUACUGAUUCUUGAAUAAAUGAAAAUCCUGCUCAGAUUUCGUCGAGGAUAUUCGAUUUUCCAGGAAACUAUGCAGUGAGGAAAAAAAUAUCCAUCGAAGGGUACUCUAGAAAAUGAGUUUUUUCAAUUCCAUUCAACAAUAUGUUACCAGUAGCGUUGCCAAUCUAUCUUUAAGCCCGAAAAGAUUUUCGUUAUCGAAAGAAUCGUCUUCGGAAUGUCCAACCGAAGAUUUCGGAAACGCGAGUGCCGGAAGGAGUGCGUCGACCGGAAGUGUUUCUUCGAUACCCGGAUUUCCGAAAGUCGUCCCGUCGCCCGGCGUGUCCACCACACCGUCGAGAAGAAAAACACUAGAGUAUCCGAAAAAAAUGGUAUCUUUUCGACAACCAACUACCUCAGCCAAACCGAGCGUUAUGUUUUGCAGACGUCGAUUAUCAUGGCCUGAAGUCGAUCAACAGGCUACCUCUGGUGUUCAAGAAACUGACGGAUCGUUUUUCGAGAACUAUACAGCUUUGUCUUGGAAAAUACAAAAUCGACAAUUCGCAGCGUGUCAAGAUUCAGCUCAAGGGGAACCGCCACCUACGGAGUCCUCAGUUGGCAUAAAACCACCACCUGCAUAUAGAAUAGAAUCCGACGAGGUGUGUAUUACACGCUUUUGCCCCUUUUCUGUUUCGAUUUCAGCGAGCACGUCAAAUAUGGAACAACUGUACAUAGAAGUUUUAUACACAAUUAAAUUCAAAGCUGGAUCUCCCGGUGGCCAAACAUCCCAAUACCAAGAAGAAUUAUAUUCCUACGCCCAAAAAGCCUUUAGAAUAUCAAACGAAAUGCAUAAACGAUAUCUUAGCGUAGCCAGCGAAGAAAAACCUCCAAUUAUUGUGCUCAAUGUGGUUGUCAUAGAAGCAGAAGGACUAGAAGCAAAGGAUGCAAAUGGUUACAGCGAUCCGUACUGUUUGCUCGGUAUCACGACGCAUUGCGAUAAUUCCAAUCAACAGUUGGCUCCGAAUUCAAAUAUGCCUGGAACCGACGAUAGCACAGUACUUUCUCCUGUCGCCGUCAUGACUGGAAUACUCGGUUUCAGCGAUCCUUAUUGUAUGCUUGGUAUACAACCAGGAAAUGUCAUUCCACCGCCUCCCGUUUCACCAGGUGUUGCUCCACCUUUAUCGAGUCGCGGUACGAAUUCAAGAGCGUUAUCUGAAGGUGGCGUUGAAUGCUCGGAUGGCAAACACGAUCAUCAUGAAAAAUUGAGAAAACAUCACAGUUUUCGCUUAAGUUUCAAACGUAAAGAUAGAAGAGAGCACAGAGACAGUAUUUCGUCAGCAGUACCAGCGAAAUUCAUUCGAGCUACAUCAGUCCGACCUCAGACUUUAAAUCCGAGAUGGAAUGAAAAAUUUCGUUUCGAUAUAGAUGAUGUAAAUAGUGAUAUUCUCCAUUUGGAUAUUUGGGACCACGACGACGAGUCUUCCGUCUUCGAUGCUGUAAAAAAAUUAAACGAAGUUAGGGGCGUUAAAGGACUGGGUAGAUUUUUCAAACAAAUAGCUCAAAGUGCUCGCUCAGGAAGCCAAGACGAUUUUCUCGGUUGUGUAAAUAUUCCUUUACAGGAUAUACCAUCUUCUGGUAUAGAAUGUUGGUAUAAAUUAGAAGGUCGUACUCAUCGAUCUAAUAUACAAGGUAAAUUAAGAUUAAAGUUAUGGCUAUCAAAACGUGAAAAUCGUGGUACGUCUGAAGAAGAAGAUAAUUGGUCUUAUAUCCAACAACAAGAAAGACUUUAUACGAUUUUUAUCAAUUACGAAAUGAGCCAAGCUUCCAAUAACUGGAACGGCGAACUUUCGCAAGCAGCUAGAAAUAUUCUACAUAAGCACGCAAUGCAAAGUGAUAUAUCUAAAUUGCAACGAGCCACAGUCAAAUGGCUGGCGUACAGUAGGAUACCAAUGAUGGAUACUAAGCUGUUGUAUUCGUAUUUGACCAAUUUGGAAAAAUUAUGGGGCAAUGAAGCUCUUUCUAGGGAAGAAGAAGAUUGGCUGGCAGACUCGUUUAAUAUUUUUUUAGACUAUUCGUUGCAGUUAGUGAGAAAACACCGCACGUUAUUCCCAACGCGGCAUAAAAGUUCUAUGACUCGUCUGGAAUACCUUUUAAAAUGUUUAGGUACGUUAUCGUCAAUGAAAGCGUUUUGGAAAUGCUGUCCGUUCAAUAAAGAAGUAAGAGGCGAGGUAACAUCUGCCGUACGUAGAGGUACCAUGGAGUGGUAUGACGAAAAUGCUAAACAUCUAUCGGUCACCAGAGGUGAUCCUGAUUCUAGAAUUAGAGCCCUCAUACAAGUCUUUUCAGCCGUUUUAGUAGAUUUAAGACGUGGAUUGGAUUUUUAUAACAGUAUUUUCGAAAGCUCGGCCGAAGUACCCUAUUUUUUAACCAUUUACAAGCAACUAGAGAAACAGUUUGCGAAGGAAAUGUUGAAACUGACGGAUACCAUAGAGGUACUGAAUGAUUUAGAAUCGGAGAUAAACGUGAUUUGUAAGAAUUUAAAAGUCAGCGAAUUAGGUUCCGAAACUCCACCGUUACCUGAAAGUGCCGAACUAGGGACGCCGAUAUUUGAAUUAUAUUUCGUUGUUCAAGAAUUUGCCAGUUUUCAAGAGCAUAUAUCAAACAGAUCGAAUGGCAUAAUGUGUUACUACAACUGGUUCGAGCCAGCUAUUGAUAAAUGGAUUGAUUUAGCUAAAUUCAAAGCUUUGAGAAGAAUUAAGAAAGGAAUUGAACUAAAUAGAUACUGUAAUGGUGAAUUAAUAGUGAAGCAUAGCACAUCGGCUGUUGAUACCACUAACUGCUUUUUCCAAGUGAAAGAAUUUUGGAAACAGUUAUCAUGGCCUGAUGUUGUUGGCUCCUACAAUCUCGUGAUAAAACUUGUAGAAGCGAUAUGCGAAUGUGCCAGGUAUUAUGCCGAACUCACACAGAAUAAACUCAAAGAAACUGGUUACUACGAAGAGCAGGGUCCGUUUAAAAUUACCGAUGAAAUGUGCGUGACAAUAAACGAUUUAGAAUACGUUCGCCGAACCUUAUCCCUAUUACCGAACGAAUUGCAAUUAGAUACGAUGCUUGAAACUAUAGAAGCUGUAGAUAGUGAGAAUUUCGAAUACAGAGAAGAAAUCACCUCGCUUUUAGAUACCACCAUUAACGAUUUGGAAUCAGAAAUCACGGUGAUCGUUAGCCGCGUCGGCGUCAAAAUGAGAUCACCGCUGAAAAAAGCCAUGUUUCAUCUAGCAUGGUCGCCAGAUUCUUUGCCAACCAGUGACGCGAUCACACCAUUACUCGAAUACCUACACAGUCAUUUAUCAUCCCUAAAUUCAGCCCUAUUACCUAGGAAUUUCGAAAAAGUAUUGUGGAGUAUUUGGGAAGUGUGCUUACUCGAGCUCGGUCACCAAACUGAUGGCAGUGUUGGCGAUAAAUUAGCUGGGUUUUACGAUCGUUUGUACGAAGCUCUGGAUUUGCUCAUCGAAUUUUUUUACGCUGAUGGCAAAGGUCUAACUUUUGAGGUGUUGACUGGAGAGCUUUAUCAAGCUGUCAAAGAAAGACUUCAGUAUCAUAAAACUGAAACCGAGCAAUUAAUAUUAUUAUAUUACAAUAAUCGUUUGCGGGAGCAAAGUAUUGUCGAAAGCACCGAAUAUGGUGUUUUAUCGGUUAGAGCAUAUUAUCAUCACGAUUCACUUUGUGUGGAAGUCCUCAACGCUAAAGAUGUCAUACCACUGGACCCCAAUGGUUUCAGCGACCCAUUUGUCAUUGUAGAAUUGUUACCUAGAUCAUUAUUCCCCAACUGUCUGGAACAAACUACCAAUGUCCAGAAGAAAACUUUGAAUCCGUUUUUUGACGAAUGUUUCGAAUUCUCUGUCACAUUGGAACAAUGUCGUGUUGCUGGAGCAAUGAUAUUAUUCACGGUAAUGGAUCAUGAUGUAUUAACUGCGAAUGAUUUCGCCGGAGAAGCAUUCCUAGCCUUAAGCAGCAUCCCAGGAGUAAAUAGCGCCUGCAAUGCGGAUAAUUUUCACGGAUUAAAGCACGUCGAUUUACCUCUGAUGCAUCAAAAAAAUAAAAAUCAUCCAAUUUUACAAAUACUAGAGUCAAGAACAUGGGAUAAGCUUGCUCAAGAUUUUGUGAAAAAACAAAAACCUAGAAUCGCUGGUAAUUAAAUGAAAAGUGAAACAACGCUCAUUUCAAUUUAAUGUAACAGCUGCCAUAUUUGUACGAGGUUACUUACUUAUUAAGAUCUAUAAUUAGUACCUACUUAACGUACUAUUUAUAUUUUUAAACGCCUAUAUACCUAAAUUAUUUUUCAAAAGUGAUUAUGAUCGAUGACAAUACUACAUAAUAUCGUUUGAAUAUUCCCUCCUUCGAAUUAGGUACCUAAAUUUUUAUAAAAUCAUUAUGAUGUAUUAAAUUUUGGUCAAUUUUCAUCCUAUUUGCCUUUCUAAUUUUUUCUUCGCUAUUUUUUUUAUUGCAAAAACUUUUUUUUUUAAAUUGCGUUUUAAAAUAAUCACGUCCUCCUUGAUUAUUCAACAUAUCUAAUUUGGUCAAUUAGGUAGUUAUAUAAAUGCAUUAUUAGCUAUUAAUGACUACCGUAAAGUUGUCAGAUACCUAUAUUUUAUAAAAUGCUUGCUUCCUUCACCUGGUUACCACUUUCAUCAAUAUUGAAAUUUGAAUUAUUUUAGAGUAAUAUAACGUAUUUUUGAUUACUAAUACGAGUAUAGGUACGAUCCAAGGACUAUUUCAAUUUUAUUUUAAGUAAAAACCAAAAUUGCCUCCCUUGCCUUUGUUUGUUUGUUUGUGUUUUUUUUGUGAAAUACCCACGUAUUGUGUAUAUUUGUAAUAUAAUUUGGAAUAUUUAUAAGUUAUUUCUAAAAUGUAAAUAAAUUUCACAAAAAAUACCUACUAAAAAUUAUAAGAAUAUUAUAAAAAUACGUAAACAUACCUACCAUUCAACACUUUAAAAAAAAGUUGUUUCUUUAUAAAUAUAGAUGAAAAAAGAAUCAGAAUACUGAAUUAUUAUUUUUUUAAGUUUAGUUCAUGUGUAUGUACUUACUUACUUACCUUCGCCACUUUUUUCCCUCGUGCUUUUAACUAUACCUACAUAAAAAGAAAGGAAUUAUUUUUAUUACGAGGAUGAUUUCCUCAAAUCACCUAUUUUUCACAUACCCUUCCUCUCUUGUAUUCAUUUAUGAACAUACUUCCUAUUUUCUCCCUUUUUUUUAUUUAUUUUUUAUUUUUACGCUUAUUUUAUAUACAAUAAAAAUUGUUCAUUUAAUAAUUUUAAUACCUACAUUUAAAUGAAUAAUAUAUUACCUACCUAGCUAUUAUAAUAAUCUUAAUUUGAACGUUUUUUUCUUCCUUUUACGAUAUCAUCGAUGACAUGAUGAAACCAUUGUGUAGGUUACCUUCAUACUCGUACUAUGUGUUUAUUUUAAAUAACGACAUAUUUUUAAUUAUUAAUUUUUUUUCAUUGAAGCUUAUCGAUGUACAAAUUUUUAGUAAUUAUUUCCCAAACACAUUGAAUGUAAAUUUUCUUCCCGUUGUAUAUUUGAAUCUAUCACACGCAUUGUAUAAUAAUUUAUAGGAGAAAAAAUUAUUUGUAAGUAUAAUGAUGCUUUGCUAUGUGUACAGAUACAUAUUACCAUUUUGUUGACUGUUCUCUGCUACUUUUCAUUAAAAUUAUUGUACCAAAAA